AAAAAAAAAAAAAAAAAGAAAAGAGUUUCAAAUUUGUUCUCUUCCGUUUCCAACAAGUUCAUCACACAAGCAAUUUGCCAAUCACUCGCCAACAGACCCACCUGGCUCUGUCUGUCGUAGGCCCACAUCAUUUCCAAACAAAUUUCUCCAUUCGAACAAAUUCAUUUCAAUCCAAUCCCAUCCCAUUUCACCCCUUUGUUUCUGUUCUUCAAUUUGUGAAUCGCAUUUAUAUAUGUUCGAAUCAAAACAUAUUGAAAACCAAAUCUCAGCUGUUGAUUGCAGUAGCGUUAAUGGCGAUGGCGACGAGACUCGUAAAAGAAUCGCGACGGCCGAAAUCAGGCGCGAUGAUGAUGAUGACGACGACGACGACGACGACGACGAUGACGAUGGAAAAAUGGAGAUCGGUAAAAAAGGCUUUGGAAAAGCGAAACAGGUGAUGUUCUAUCCAUUUCGAAAGGCGAAGAAACAGAUUCUUCGGUGUAGGAUUAAGAGGACCUCUUCUUGUUCUUCUUCUUGUUCUUCUUCGAUUUUUAGUAUUACAAGAACAAAUUCUUGGGAUAAGAGUGUUUAUGAUGCGAGUGUAAAUCAAGGCUGUGGUUUCUGUUUUGCGAAACAUUCAAUUUCAGAUUCUAAGAAUGGAUCUCCGACUGAUCCGAAUCACCCGAAGUUCACUAAUGAAAUGUUGAAAGUUCUUAUUGAAAAGAACGAUUUCUAUUCCAAAGAAUCCAAUCCUCAUUUGGAUUUUCAAGUGGAUACUAAACAGGAAGAAGACAUUCAAUUGGGGUUUGCUUGUUGAGAUUGAAAGUUGCUUGAAGCUGCACUUUGUGUCUGUCUAACUGAUGUUAAGGUGUGGAAGAUGGUCCUUGUUCUUUGUUUGAUGAUAACUUGGAUUGGAGGUCCCUCCAAAUGAUCCUCUUCCCUAAGCCAUUGUUAUGGAGGCAGGACCUUGUUUGAGUCUCUCUGAGCCGAGUUCGUCGUCCUGCUUUCGUUCUCCGUUCACCGAGGAAGACCUCGUUCAAUACGGAGCUGAAACCGAGAUUAUUUUGUUGGCUAGAGUUUCGUUUUGAUAGCCUUAUUGGUGGAGUUUCUGGUUUUGAUUGUUGGUUCUUCAGUUUGGAGGGUUUUGGCUAUGGUUUCCUCUUUGAUGGUAGCGGCCAUGGCUUUGCUUUUGGAGUUUUCUUCUUCCAUUUCUCUUCAUCUGUGUUUGGUUGCUUCCUUUUUAUUCUUGAACAGCCAUGUUCACCUGGUUUUCUUUCUGUAUUUUUAGUUCGGUUGUGUAUUUUGUCCUUUUCAUCGAGUUAAUAGAACAUCCAAAAUAGUCAACACGAUCCAACUAAAGCUAAGUUGAGUCGAGAAAGUUGACUUAAAACUUAACUCUUAACAUAAUGAGAAUGGAUGAGAGGUUUUGAAAUUGCACGA